CCUUCUUAUCCUCCACAAAAUCAAGAACCAACUCCACCACCAUUGUUUUUGAUUCCUUUGUGUGAUUCUUAACAGAACUCCUUCACAACUCCGCUUUCCUCAAACUCAGGAAGCUACAAUUACACUUGUGCUGCUAAAACAAAUCAUAAUAAUGGCUUUGUUAAGCCAACAGUUGCAGAGGUUUCUCUUGACCAAAUACAUCACCUGCCACACCAACAACAACAACAACAAAGGCCUUCUUGGUACAGUAAAAGCAAGAGGCCGGAGUACUAAUUGCUCCGCCAUAGCCAUCGAUGCGCAGUCUUCUUCCUUGACAGACGUUGCCGGUAUCCGGUGGGGUUCAACGAGCUUGCAGGGCCCCCGGGAGGAGAUGGAAGACGACGUCGUCGUCCGGUCUGAUGGCCUUGAUGGCUUCUCCUUUGCUGCUGUUUUUGAUGGCCAUGGGGGCUUCUCCUCUGUCAAGUUUCUCAGGGACGAGCUCUACAAGGAGUGUUGUGCAGCUUUACAAGGUGGGAUUCUACUGAGAGAAAAACGUUUCAACAAGAUUAGAGAGGCAAUUGAAGAGGCUUUUCAGAAGGCCGAUAAAAAGUUGUUGGAUUGGCUUGAAUUGAACGGAGAGGAGGAUGAAUCCGGUGCAACCGCUACUCUUUUGUUUGUCGGAAACAAAACGUUGUUCAUUUCUCACAUUGGGGAUUCAUGUGCGGUUCUAUCUCGUUCCGGUAAAGUAGAAGUGUUGACCAAUCCUCAUCGACCGUAUGGAAGCAACAAGGUCUCUCUUCAAGAAAUUAGAAGGAUCAGAGAAGCAGGUGGAUGGAUUGUAAAUGGAAGAAUUUGUGGAGACAUUGCUGUAUCUCGUGCUUUUGGCGACCAGCGGUUUAAAACAAAGAAAAACGAGAUGGUGAUGAAAGGAGUUGAAGGAGGGAGAUGGUCUGAAAAAUUUGCUUCUCGUGUACAGUUCAGUGGAGAUUUGGUUACUGCAUCUCCAGAUGUUUUUCAAGUGCCACUCGGGAAAGGCGCGGAGUUUGUGCUAUUAGCAUCUGAUGGCUUAUGGGAUUAUAUGGACAGCUCAGACGCAGUCGAAUUCGUUAGGAACCAACUUCGACAACAUGGAGAUGUUCAGAUCGCUUCUGCAGCACUUGCUCAAGCUGCUCUGGAUCGACGCACACAAGAUAAUGUCAGCAUUGUCAUUGCCGAUUUCGGGAGAACGGAUUGGCAAAGCUUGCCGGUUCAAGAACAGAACAUCAUCUUCGAAUUGGGGCAAGCUUUUGCUACUAUCGGCAUCGUGUCGAUUGGAAUUUGGAUGACAUCUCUGCUCUCAUGAUAAGUUUGAUGCACACCUGACAUUGUACAGGAAUCAGCAUAGUAAACAAAAUAAAAUGUAGAUGUUAAUACUUGGUAUCAGUAUAACGUAAUUGUACAUGUCUCGUACCUUUUUUUUUACGUGCCUUUUGGUUUUGGCGACUUGGGGUAAUAUUUGGAAAAGUGAAUUUUGCACUUUUUUA